UCUGUUUGCAAAUGUUCCACUCAUAUUUAAUGCCAAACUUAGGAGGUAUCGAUUAUUGAAUAAUAUGAUAGACCCCAUGAAUUGUAUAAUUUAGGGUUAGAAUGGAAAAGGAGGGUUAUAUUUAGGUAAUAUCGAGAGUGCUGGUAAUGGUAAACUAUUAGGCCAUCAUGACAUUGGUGCAAUAUUGGCUGUAAUGAGCACCAAGGACUACACGUAUGAUGCACAUAUUUCUCAUAAGGUAUGGAAUAGUGUUUAUAGAGUAGUUUAUUAGAGUUGACGAUGCUGACUUUGUAAAUUUAAGUAAGCAUUUUGAGGAGGCUAUCGAUUUUAUUGAUGUCAAUCGAUAGUAAACCAGUGUACUGGUACAUUGUCAUGCGGGAGUUUCAAGGUCUGCUACCAUUGUUAUUGCUUAUUUGAUGAAAACUUAAAAUAUGUCGUUGGAAUAAGCAUUUAAACAUGUUCAGAAUUAGCGACGCAUAGUGAAUCCUAAUCCUGGAUUCAUGAGACAACUGAAGCAAUACGAGUCGAAAUUGCAGAGUUCUAAUUCUCUUAGAACUUCACCUGUGAAGUAGAAGGAGAGACAACAUUCACAAAACAAUCUUCGCUAGAGUCAAUACAUUUAGAAUUCUUCUGAGGGCUACAAUUCUGUCCAUCAACCAUAUCAACCUCAUCGCCAAUAUUAGAGUGCUUCAGAUUUAAUGAGACAAUCUCAGUACAAUUAUGAUAGACUUAACUCAAGGUAAGCAUUGAGAUUAUAAGUAUUAGGCAAAUGCAUUAUCCCUAUAUGCCAUAGCAUUAUUCACCAUAUGUCAGAAAUUACAGUGUGCCAUAUGGGUAGAAUCCUUUGCACUUUUCUACUUACAGAUAGGGAUGUUAUUGAUUUUUAUAUAGUAUAAACUUAAUAAGAUGUU